CCUCAUUUGGAUCAAGCUUUAGAUGCCUCGUGUUUCACUUUUCCUGAUCUGCGGUUUUAUUUACUGUUCUUGUCUGAUUUUUAUAAGUUCAAAUUUGGUUCUGUUUGCUUGUCAGAAAACCGUUAGAGAAAUGACUUUUUAGCAUUAAAGGGAGAUUGAUACUUUACCAAAAAGGGGAUUUUGAUCCAACCAAUAGCUUAUAUUAAGAUUGAAUAUAAUUACUUAGCUUCCUGGUUUGUUUGGGAUCAGCUUCGUCAUUACAUUUUGAGGAGCCUAACAACAAUACACUGGGUCAUCAAAUCCAUCAUCAAUGUCAGAAAGUGAUCUAGACAUCAUGGAACCAGAGACUAUGAAGUCCUACAUCUGGCUUCAAACUGCCGAUGGUUCAGUUCAACAAGUGGAACAAGAGGUUGCAAUGUUCUGUCCCAUGAUAUGCCAAGAGAUAAUACACAAGGGCGCUGGAUCUUCUAAAAAUCAUGCUAUCUCGCUUCCACAGCGAGUAAACUCAGCUAUGUUCAGCUUGAUUCUUGAUUACUGCAGAUUUCACCAAGUGCCUGGACGUUCGAAUAAGGAACGAAAAGUUUAUGAUGAAAAGUUCAUGCGAAUGGAGACAAAGAGGCUGUGUGAGUUGACCUCAGCCGCUGACAGUUUGCAGCUGAAGCCUUUGGUUGAUCUUACUAGUAGCGCACUUGCGCGGAUCAUCGAAGGAAAAACACCUGAGGAGAUACGAGAUAUAUUUCAUUUGCCUGAUGACCUUACUGAGGAAGAGAAAUUAGAGCCUCUGAAGAACACAAUGGAUGAUCCAAGGAUUCGACUACUGAAUAGAUUAUACGCAAAGAAAAGAAAGGAGCUGAAAGAAAGAGAGAGAUUAAAGAAUGUUGAGGUUGAAGGACAUGUGGACGAACGUUCUGUGGAUGACUUGUUAUCGUUUAUUAACGGCACAGAUCCCAAGGUGGCAAAGAUGUCAAAGGGAAAGAAGAAGUACAAGAAAAAGAAGAACCAGAAGAUUAUUUCUUCAAAUGACAAGGAAUCACAUGAUCUUCAUUUUAAACAACAAGGUGUUGAAGAAACUGGAUCCAGAAUGAGAGACUUACUUAGUUUGGAAGAUGAGAUAUUUACACCAAAGGCUGGGUGUGAAGAUGGAGAUAUAGAUGAUGAAAUCGAUCCAGCCAUGAAGGAAAUGCUUGAUAGAGAGGUAGAAGAUUUUGCUCGAAGGUUGAACUCUAACUGGGCUCAAUCGCUAGGACAAGAGAGAAGACCUGUUCACUUUUCCAUAAACGGCAACAACGGGACUACAAGACGGCAUAUAGGUCAAUCUUCAGGACACAAUUGAUGAAUUUCAAUGGCUGACACAGUUUUGGUCGGUUAUAUGAGCAAAUAGGAGAUAUAGAGAGAAUGGUUCCACCAGAAACGAUGCAGUUUUUGAUUUUUUUUUUUUUCUUCUUUACUUUCUAAUGACCAAUCCUUUUGUUUGUAAAACCAUGUUUGAGCAUUUUUUGUUGGUGUGUAUAAUUUAUAGUCCAGUUCUCUAUUA